AGGGCAAUAAGGAGGCAGUGCAAUGAUGGUAAGUAGAGGAAAAUUUGGUGUGGUGAUUGUGGAGUACUUGUUUCACACUGCUCCAUAUCAAACUUAGCCCUUUUUUUGGUUAACAGUUUUUUGAUUAGUUAUUGAUUCUUCCCUAUCCUGUUCCUUGAUCUGCCAAGCCCUUCUUCUCAGUAUCUCCCAGUGGAUGAGAGUUUCCAUCCGUCUAGGAAACUAGCCAGCCUCUGGAGGGAUUCUCUUAUCAAGUAAGCAGAAAUAAUUAAAUGCCAACACUAUCUCUUCUUUUAAAAAAAUUUUUCUAAAUCCUAUUCUGUUUAUCUCAUUACCAUUAGGCAUUAAUCAUCAGACAAAAGCAUCCUCCUACAACCUCACUGGACUGUGUUCCUCUUGUCUGAUUUCACCAUUCAUCUUAGCAGACCACAGAAAGAUAUGGGCAAGACCAACAACACAUCCCUGGACACCAUGGUCACAGAUUUCAUUCUCCUGGGCUUGUUUCAUCCCCCAAAUCUGAGGAUCCUCCUCUUCCUGGUCUUCUUCAUCAUUUACAUGCUUACUCAGCUGGGGAACCUGCUCAUUCUGCUCACUGUGUGGGCUGACCCAAAGCUCCAUGCUCGCCCCAUGUACAUUCUUCUGGGGGUGCUCUCAUUUCUGGACAUGUGGCUCUCCUCGGCCAUUGUUCCUAGGCUUAUCUUGGAUUUUACUCCUGCCAGCAAGGCUAUCCCGUAUGGUGGUUGUGUGGCUCAAUUAUAUUUCUUUCACUUUCUAGGCAGCACCCAGUGCUUCCUCUACACCUUGAUGGCCUAUGACAGGUACCUGGCAAUAUGCCAGCCCCUGCUCUACCCUGUGCUCAUGAAUGGAAGGUUAUGCACAAUCCUUGUGGCUGGAGCUUGGGUGGCUGGCUCUAUCCAUGGGUCUAUCCAGGCCAGCCUGACCUUCCACCUGCCCUACUGUGGGCCCAACCAGAUAGAUUACUUUAUCUGUGACAUCCCAGCAGUGUUGAGACUGGCCUGUGCUGACACAACUGUCAACAAGCUUGUGACCUUUGUGGACAUUGGAGUAGUGGCCGCCAGCUGCUUUAUGUUAAUUCUGCUUUCCUAUGCCAAAAUAGUCCAUGCUAUCCUGAAGAUACGCACUGCCGAUGGGCGGCGCAGGGCCUUCUCCACGUGUGGCUCCCACCUGACUGUGGUCACAGUCUACUACGUCCCCUGCAUUUUCAUCUACCUUCGGGCUGGCUCCAAGAGUCCCCUGGAUGGAGCAGCGGCUGUGUUUUACACUGUUGUCACUCCAUUACUGAACCCCCUCAUCUAUACUCUGAGAAACCAAGAUGUGAAGUCUGCUCUGAAGAGGCUAACAGCAGUUCAGAGGCCACAAAUGAAAAUAAAGUAAUUAAAGGCUCAAGGACUACCUAUAUCAACAUUGCUACCACUCUUCAGCUACUUCUGUUUGUGGCAAAUGGUCAAUAAACGAUUGGUUACUUAAACUAAAUUGAACUUAAUUUUAUUUGGAAAAAAUUCUGAACUCUUUGGAUCCAUAAUCUUUUCAUCUCAUUAAAUUGGUUCAAAUUAUUUUAUAUUAUUUGUUUAGAAAUAAAUGGCUAUAUUACUCUUCCACCUCUGACUUCCCUGUGAAAUGAAAAAAUGCC